GGUGAUCCGCCCAGGGGUUAUCAAAAAAUGACGUGUCGCCGCCACCCACCAGCGAUGACUUCAGACUCAGAAGUUGGUUUCAGCUGUAUUUUGCCCAGCUUCCCUCCACUCGACCUCUCCAUCGCAUCGCACCCAACAACAACAAUGACCAGCACCUCCUCGCCCGGCGCGGGGCCGAGCAGUAUCCCACUAUACCUCGUCGCGGGGGUCGGCACGGUAUGGGACGCGCAGGCCGCCGCGACGAUCCACUGCGCGCACGACAUCUCGGGCCUGCGGACGGGCACGCUGCCAGGCGUGCAGCAGCAGAACGGAUUCCUAGGGCUGCCGGUGACGCUUAUGCCGGAGGAGACGGCGCUGCUCGUCAACAAGGGACUAGGCCACAUCGUGCCCGUCCCCUCGGUGAUCACGCCGCCCUCGGCAGAACUAGUCGCGCAGCGCACGGCACAGCGCGUCUCCCGUUCCCGCGCCCUCGCAGAACGCAUGCGUGCAGACGAAGAGGCGCGCGCGGUGGCGUCCAAGGCCAAGUUUGAGGCGGCGGGAGAGAAGGCGCGCCUCAAGCGCGAGGAGCGCGCGCGCAAGAAGGCCGAGGCGGCCAAGGCGGCGGCGCUGGCUGCCGGCGAGGACGUGCCCGCCGAUGUGGAGGCGAUUCUGUGUGGGACCGUCGCGCCCCCAGAACCGACACCACCACCCGCCGCGGCGCUGCCAACGCCCACAGCGGAGAACAGCAACAUCUUCACUGUGAUCCCCGGCGCGCCAGUGCUGGAUGCGCUCGUCCCGCGCGAGACCGAGCCCGCGCCCCUCCCGACGACUAGCUUUCCCUUCCCAUCGGCGGUGCGCGACUCGGCCCUCGCGGACACGUUUGGCGCGCUCCAUGCCGCCGGGUACCGCAUGGGCCUUGGCCCGCGGUUCGGCGGCGAGUGGCUCAUCUACCCGGGCGACUAUUUGCGCUACCACGCCCACUUCACCUCCCAGGUCAUUGUGCGCGACGACCCCAUCCGCCCAGCUGAGAUUGUCGCCUGGGGCCGAUUGGGCACAGGUACCAAGAAGGCCGGCCUGCUGUGCUGCUGGGACGACGGCAAGACGGGCGACGACAAGGUCGACGGGCCGGGCGACGUCGAGUUCUACUCCCUCGAGUGGGCAAACUUUGGAUAGGCACGUUAGUAAUAGAUGUAUUAGUAUGCAGGGC